AUGUUGGAUGCGGAGAAGAGCGUCGAGGAACUGCACGCUAGCAGCGGCAGUCGAGACGCCUCCGCCUCCUGCGAUUGGCCCGAGCGGGCCCAGGAUGUGAAAGUCGCGAAAGGCUCAGAGAUAGACUUUGGCACUGCGGAGAUCAUCGGUGAGGUCUUGGCCGAGCAGUCCUCUUGGCUGCAAAGCGAGCGGCUGCGGCCCCCGGAUCCCCGGAGAGCAAAGCAACCACGGCAAGCAUCAUGGCACGAGCAGCGGAAGGGCCAAGUGUCCCGCGCCAAGGGAUCCAACAAGUCUUCGGUAAACAUCUGCGAGCGCAUCGCCGUGUUUGUCGUGGUCUUCCUGUUUCUGUUGCUUUGCUCUGCCUGGCUGCGAUUGCAGUCGUCAGACCUGUUGCAGGAAUUUGCAGACUGGGCGCAAGACGGCCAGGCUUCGGAGGAGGACGUUUGUCAAGACGAUGAAUGA